AACAACUAAUUCUUUUUCAGAUGGAUUUGACCCAACUGGAAUUAUUGAUAAUAUUCGUCAACUCUACAAAAAUCGGGAAGGUUGGCUGGCACCGUUUCCCUGGUGUGAAGAUUUUCACUUCUCCUUUGACGACAUCUACACCAGACUUAAAGUCAUCUACAGAAAGAAAACGAAAGGAACAGCAACAGACCGAGUUGUCACGAUGUCUGAAAUCUUCAACCAGCACGAAGAAUGUAAAGAACCAAGAGUAGUGUUAAUUGAAGGGAAGCCUGGUAUGGGAAAGACCACUUACUGUAAAAAAGUUGUUUUCGACUGGGCCUCAGGAAAACACGCAAACGGGAAUUGCUUCACAAACAUCGUAAUAGUGCUUUUGAUCAAAUGUCGUGAUGUUCAGUCUGGCCUUUGGGAGGCCAUUGAAGAUCAACUUCUGCCUCGAGAAGUUGGUGAAGACCAACGUGACAGAUUCUUCGACUUCAUUCGCCACAAUCAAUCUAAUGUUCUUCUGGUACUCGAUGGAUUGGAUGAAGUUUCUGAGAAGAAGCUACCUUUGUUUUUAGAAAUUAUUCAAGGGCGAGUACUGCCAAACUGUCGUGUGGUUGCUACAGCACGACACGAAGCUGGAGUCAAAGUUCGAAAAUACUGCGACACGCUGUUAGAAGUUGAGGGAUUUACUAAAGAAGAUGUACAAUCCUUCAUCAGAAAGUACUUCAAAGCCGAACCAAACUUGGCCAAGCAGCUUAUCGCACACCUGUAUAUUGAUCGCAAGUUAUAUGAAAUAUUGACGAAUCCUCUCAACACUGCGCUUCUUUGCCUGGUUUAUGAAGAUUUGAAAGGUAUAUUUCCUGAGAGCAGAACGAAGCUGUACACGGAAAUAGUAGAGUGUGUACUAAGAAGGUACAGAACAAAGCAGCAACUACCAGAAAACGGUGAAGACCUUGUUGACCUUUACGAAAGCCAAAUGAAACACCUUGGUUCGAUAGCCUUGAAAGGUUUAUUUGAAGACAACUUGGAUUUUGACGAGAAGGAGCUUGGAAAACACAAAGCAAGCGAUUUACCUGGAUUUGGAUUUCUGUCAGUUCAGCCUGGAGGCAGUAAACUAAGACCAACUAGACGUUAUAGCUUUCUUCACAAGAGUUUCCAAGAAUUCUUCGCAGCCUUCUAUCUCAGUUGUCAGCUUAUCCAGAAAGAAAUCAGUACGAACAGCAUAGCUGCUGGCAAAAAAUAUCGCCAUCAACUGAAAGAAGUACUUCUGUUUACAUUUGGUAUGCUAGCAGCACGAUGCGAGGAAACAGUGGUGAACCUUCUGAAAAGCAUAGCAACACAGUUAAACCAGAAAGAAGUGGAAUACGUGGACGUUAUAUUAAAGUGUGUUAAUGAAUGCAAAAAGAACAACAAAAAUGUUGAUGAAAAAUUGGCUACCGCUCUUGGCGCUUCUCUUCAAACUGAAACUGUUGUAGUUUCACUUGAAACAGAAGUGGAUGAAACUCUAGGUGUCAUUUUAAGCAACUUUCUGAAAACAAAUACAACUGUGAGAGUAUUAACAUUGCAUAAAUCUUCGCAAGAUGGGGUUGUCGCUCUUGCAGAGUGUUUGAAAUAUAAUGCAUCGCUGGAAACGUUGAGCUUGGGUUGUUUUGGAACUUGUAAUGAUGGUGCUGCUGCUCUGGGUGAGUGUUUGAAAUAUAACAAAUCGCUGACAACGUUGGAUUUGGGUGAGAAUAACUUUGGAGAUGAUGGUGCUGCUGCUCUCGGUGAGUGUUUGAAAUAUAACAAAUCGCUGACAACGUUGGAUUUGAGUGAUAAUCGAAUUGGUGAUGAUGGUGCUACUGCUCUGGGUGAGUGUUUGAAAUACAACAAAUCGCUGACAACGUUGGAUUUGAGUGAUAAUCGAAUUGGUGAUGAUGGUGCUGCUGCUCUGGCUGAGUGUUUGAAAUAUAACAAAUCGCUGACAACGUUGGAUUUGAGUGAUAAUGAAAUUGGUGAUGAUGGUGCUGCUGCUCUGGGUGAGUGUUUGAAAUAUAACAAAUCGCUGACAAAGUUGGAUUUGCGUCAUAAUAAAAUUGGUGAUGAUAGUGCUGCUGCUCUGGGUGUUACGUAGGAGUGUCAUCCUCAUGUGACAAUACUUGCAAUAAAUUGAACCCUUCUAGGACAUGGCUACCUUGCCUUAUGACCAACUUUAAGAAGCGUUUACGUCAGGAAUAAGCAGCGAUUAAUGACUCUGACCUUGAACAGGGUAAAUGUACAGUAGCUUCCAUUUAUCGAUAUCAGUAUUAGUAUAAGACUUACGUAGCAUCUGUUUGCCAAGAUUAUUUACUUUUGUAAGAGCUUUUAUAAAAGCGUGUACGUUUAGUCAAGAGACCGUUACACUUUAUUACAAUCUUAUCUACACAACUUUUACCUUGUCACGUUUAAUGGAUAAAGCUGUUAAAAGAAACUAUGCUUCAUCUGUAACGCGCGUGCGUGUAAACCACCAGAUUAUCCGCGCGAGGAUAAUUUGGAAACAUUGGACUGCCUCGGAUUUUGUUGUAGUUGAAAAUCGGAUGCAAUAUUUUUGUCUUUAGUAAUAAAUUCUGCUCAUAUAUAUAUAUUUUCUAGAGGGACUGCCAUAAUUGGUUUAAGGUUAGAGUAAUUAUUCUUUGGUGAUCAGUUACUUGAUUCUCAUAAACUUACUUUAGUGUGAUAAUGUGCUGACACUUUUAAGUCCUGUGAGAAAUUUGAAGUUGAUAAUUCUUAGGUGCAAAGAGUUAAUUAAUAGAGUUGUAGCCAUGUUGUAUGGUAAGACUCUUUAUGAUGACUACAUGAGGCUUUGUUGUAGGCUGUGAAGAACAAUCUAUUUUUCGAAGUGAACUUUUUUUAGAAAAGUUGUUACAAGACAUUUUUUAAUUUUGUAAGGGUAUGUUUAG